GAGUGAGUGAGUGAGAGAAAGAGAGAGAAAGGAAGAGAGAAAGAAGAAAGGAUUUUGUGAUCAAAAUCGAUCAAUCUCGGUUCAUUCAGGCGCAGAAGAACGCAGAAGAGAUGCCUUUAAAUGCCAUGUCUAUUGUGGCUGAAAGAACGUUACAAUAAGAACCAGAAAUGAUAUGGAACGUUUUCAGAAGUCUGUACUACAUACCUGUAACGUUUAACCAGUCAAAAAAGUUUCGCUCUCAAUAAAGGAGACUCAACAUUUGACGAGAAAGCUUCACUAGUCAAAAGACAGAAACACAUCAGCCAAGAAUGAAAUCUAACCAAAGCAAAGGUCCAUCUAAACACAUCGGUCGAGACGGCAUCACCAAAUUAGGGAGUGUAAGCAGUGAAUUUGGGAGUCUCUCUAGUGAUGAACUAGGGAGUACAACUAGCGAAUUAGGAAGUAUUGCAAGUGAACGAGCGAGCUCAAGUAGUGAACAAGAAGAUGUCAUCUGCGAAGAGAGCAUCGACGUUGGAAAGGCACUUGGCGGAGAAAAAGGGAACUUUUCUAUUCUCAAAGGAAGGAAGACUCGUCAACCAGAUUAUCUUACCGAUGAAAAAGAAGCUCGUAUCAGUCCACAAGAGAGAACAGCCAGUUCAAAAAGGGAAAUUCCCCAAUCACCAACGAAGCUUGAUGCAACAGAGGCGUCUGAACAUAGAAGAAGAGAGAGGAGUAUCGUCAGUAAUCAACUAGGGUCUAUAACCAGUGAAUACGGAAGCUACGGUAGUGAACAAGCAAGCCUAAGUAGUGAACAAGAGGAUGCCAUCUCCGAAGAGACCAUCAUUGCUGAAGCCGAAAAGAGGAACUUGUCUUUCCCCGCAAAAAGGACGACUGGUCAACCAGAUUAUCAUGCCGAUGUAAAAGGGGUUCGUAUCAGUCCACAAGGGAACAUAAUUAGUCAAACCAGGGAAAAUCCCCAAUCACGAGCGAAACUUGAUGCAACAGGGAGCAUCGCCAGUAGUCAACUAGGGAGUGUUACCACUGAAUACGGAAGCCCAGGAAGUGAACAAGCGAGCCUAUGUAGUGACGAAGAAACCCUCAUCUUUCCACAAGGAAGAAUAAUCUGCGAUCAAAGGGCCGUCACCAGUAAAGACGACUGCUGCCUCUAUUCACGACUGAAGCGCAUCAGUGAAGAAGGCAGUAUUAUCAGUGAAGAAGAGAUCCACUUUAGUAAAAGAGACGGCUUCGUUUGUGAGCAAACCAUCACCGGUCAACAAAGGCCCCACUCUUGUACAGGGAAGGGCAUCGUUUGUGAACAAGGCAACAUAAUCUGUCGACAAUGUGGUUCCACAUGCCCACAAGAGAAGAUCAUCAGUCGACAAAAGUCCAACAUUUGUGCAGGGAAGGGCUUCGUUUGUGAACAAAGCAAUGUAACCUGUCAAGAAUGUGGCCUCACAUGCCAACAAGAGAAGGUCAUCAGUCAACAAAAGUUUUGCACUUGUGCAAAAGAGGGCUUCGUUUGCGAUCGAAGCAAAAUAAUCUGUCAACGAUGUGGCUUCACAUGUCCAAGGGAGGACGUCGUCAGUCAACAAAAGGCCCAGAUUUAUACAAAAGAGGUCUUAGUUUGUGAACAAAGCAACAUAACCGGUCAAGAACAGACCCCCACUAAUAUACAAAGGGGCCCAAUUAUUCCAGAAGACAGCGUCAUUAGUAAAGAAAGUGACGUCAAAAGUCAUCCUGAGAGCAUCACUAGUCAACAAGUAGACGUCGACAGUCAACGAGAGAGCGUCACUAGUAAGGAACAAGACGUCAGCAAUCAGCCAGAGAGCAUCACUUGUCAAGAAGGAGAGGUCGACAGAAAACGAGAAAGCAUCACAAGUCAACCAGGAAUCGUCGGCAGUGCUCGAGAGAGCGUCGUUAGUCAACAAUUAGACGUCGACAGUCAGCGAGAGUGCCUCAUUACUGAAGACGGUGAUGUCAAAAGUCAACGAGAGAGCAUUACUAGUCAAGAAGGACACAUCGACAGUAAACGAGAGAGCAUCUCAAGUCAACAAAAAAUCGUCGACAGUCCUCGACAGAGCGUCACUAGUCAAGAAGGUGAUGUCAAAAGUCAACGAGAGAGCAUUACUAGUCAAGAAGGACACAUCGACAGAGAGAGCAUCUCAAGUCAACAAAAAACCGUCGACAGUCCUCGACAGAGCGUCACUAGUCAAGAAGGUGAAGUCAAAAGUCAACGAAAGAGCAUUACUAGUCAAGAAGGACACAUCGACAGUAAACGAGAGAGCAUCGCAAGUCAACAAAAAAUCGUCGACAGUCCUCGAGAGAGCGUCACUAGUCAACAAUUAGAUGUCGACAGUCAGCAAGAGUGCAUCAUUAGGGAAGAAGGUGAUGUCAAAAGUCAACGAGAGAGCAUUACUAGUCAAGAAGGACUCAUCGACAGUCAACAAGGGAGCGUCACUAGUCCACACAUAUUCGUCGUAAGUCCUCGAGAGAGCGUCACUAGUCAAGAAGGUGAUGUCAAAAGUCAACGAGAGAGCAUUACUAGUCAAGGACAUAUCGACAGUCAACGAGGGAGCGUCACUAGUCCACAAAACAUCGUCGACAGUCCUCGACAGAGCGUCACUAGUCAAGAAGGUCAUGUCAAAAGUCAACGAGAGAGCAUUACUAGUCAAGAAGAACACAUCGACAGUAAAGGAGAGAGCAUCUCAAGUCAACAAGAAAUCAUCGACAGUCCUCGACAGAGCAUCACUAGUCAGCAAUUAGAUGUCGACAGUCAAAGAGAGUGCAUCAUUACUGAAGAAGGUGAUGUCAAAAGUCAACGAGAGAGCAUUAAUAGUCAAGAAGGACGCAUCGACAGUCAACGAGAGAGCGUCACUAGUCCACAAAACAUCGUCGACAGUCCUCGACAGAGCGUCACUAGUCAAGAAGGUCAUGUCAAAAGUCAACGAGAGAGCAUUACUAGUCAAGAAGAACGAAUCGGCAGUAAACGAGAGAGCAUCUCAAGUCAACAAGGAAUCGUCGACAGUCCUCGAGAGAGCAUCACUAGUCAACAAUUAGAUGUCGACAGUCAACAAGAGUGCAUCAUUAGGGAAGAAGGUGAUGUCAAAAGUCAACGAGAGAGCAUUACUAGUCAAGAAGGACACAUCGACAGUAAACGAGGGAGCAUCAAUAGUCCACAAAUAUGCGUCGAAAGUCCUCGAGAGAGCGUCAUUAGUCAAGAAGGUGAUGUCAAAAGUCAACGAGAGAGCAUUACUAGUCAAGGACAUAUCGACAGUCAACGAGGGAGCGUCACUAGUCCACAAAAAAUCGUCGACAGUCCUCGACAGUGCGUCACUAGUCAAGAAGGUCAUGUCAAAAGUCAACGAGAGAGCAUUACUAGUCAAGAAGAACACACCGACAGUAAACGAGAGAGCAUCUCAAGUCAACAAGAAAUCGUCGACAGUCCUCGACAGAGCAUCACUAGUCAACAAUUAGAUGUCGACAGUCAAAGAGAGUGCAUCAUUACUGAAGAAGGUGAUGUCAAAAGUCAACGAGAGAGCAUUAAUAGUCAAGAAGGACGCAUCGACAGUAAACGAGAGAGCAUAUCAAGUCAACAAAAAAUCGUCGACAGUCCUCGGGAGAGCGUCACUAGUCAAGAAGGUGAUGUCAAAAGUCAACGAGAGAGCAUUACUGGUAAAGAAGGACAUAUCGACAGUAAACGAGAGAGCAUCACAAGUCAACAAAGAACCGUCGAGAGUCCUCGAGAGAGUGUCACUAGUCAACAAUUAGAUGUCGACAAUCAACAAGAGUGCAUCAUUACUGAAGAAGCUGUCGUCAAAAGUCAACGAGAUAGCAUUACUAGUCAAGAAGGAAUCAUCGACAGUGCUCGAGAGAGCAUCAGUAGUCAACUAAUUUACAUGAACACUCAACGAGAGUGCAUCAUUAGUGAAGAAGAUGUCAAAAGUGAACGAGAGAUCAUUACUAGUCAAGAACACAUCGGCAGUAAACGAGUGAGCAUCACUAGUCAAGAAGGUGACAUCAAAAGUCAGCGAGAGAGCAAUACAAGUCAAGAAGAACACAUCGACAGUAAACGAGAGAGCAUCUCAAGUCAACAAGGAAUCAUCGCCAGUCCUCGAGAGAGCGUCACUAGUCAACAAAUAGAUGUCGACAGUCAACAAGAGUGCAUCAUUAGGGAAGAAGGUGUCGUCAAAAGUGAACGAGAGAGCAUUACUAGUCAAGGACACAUCGACAGUAAACGAGAGAGCAUCUCAAGUCAACAAGGAAUCAUCGCCAGUCCUCGAGAGAGCGUCACUAGUCAACAAUUAGACGUCGAUAGUCAACAAGAGUGCAUCAAUAGUCAAGAAGGUGACGUCAAAAGUGAACGAGAGAGCAUUACUAGUCAAGGACACAUCGACAGUAAACGAGAGAGCAUCUCAAGUCAACAUGGAAUCAUCGCCAGUCCCCGAGAGAGCGUCACUAGUCAACAAAUAGACGUCGACAGUCAACAAGAGUGCAUCAUUAGGGAAGAAGGUGUCGUCAAAAGUGAACGAGAGAGCAUUACUAGUCAAGGACACAUCGACAGUAAACGAGAGAGCAUCUCAAGUCAACAAGGAAUCAUCGCCAGUCCUCGAGAGAGCGUCACUAGUCAACAAAUAGACGUCGACAGUCAACAAGAGUGCAUCAUUAGGGAAGAAGGUGUCGUCAAAAGUGAACGAGAGAAGAGCGUCACUAGUCAACAAAUAGACGUCGACAGUCAACAAGAGUGCAUCAUUAGGGAAGAAGGUGUCGUCAAAAGUGAACGAGAGAGCAUUACUAGUCAAGGACACAUCGACAGUAAACGAGAAAGCAUCUCAAGUCAACAAGGAAUCAUCGCCAGUCCUCGAGAGAGCGUCACUAGUCAACAACUAGACGUCCACAGUCAACAAGAGUGCAUCAUUAGUCAAGAAGGUGAUGUCAAAAGUGAACGAGAGAGCAUUACUAGUCACGAAAGAGUCAUUGACAGGCACCGGGAGAGCAUCACUAUUCAAAAAGACUUUGACAGUCAACGAGAGAGCAUCAUCCAUCAUCAGGGAUGCCUUAAAAUUCAACAAGAAACCCCCACUAGUAAAGGUAACGUCACCAGUCAGCGAGAAAGGUUUACUAGUGAAGAAAGAUACGUAAAAUUUCAACGAGAGAGCAUCACUAGUCAAAACGAAGCCGUCAAAAGUCAACGAGAGUGUAUUACUUGUCAAGGAGACGUCGACAGUGAACGAGAGAGCAUUUGUAGUCAAGGAUUCGUCAGAUAUCAACGAGAGAGCUUCAGUAGUCAACAAGGAGUGUGCAUCACUUGUCAACAAGAAGAGAACAUGACUAUUCAAGAAGGAUACGGGAAAAUUCAACGAGAGAGCAUCACUAGACAAAAAGAGACCAUUCCCGUUCAUCAAGAGACCCACACCAUUCAAGAUGGAAGCUUCUACAGUGCACAUCAGCAAGCCAGCCCCGUCAGUCAAGAAAGAUGCUUAAACAGCCAAGAAAUCUACAUCGACCACCAAGCCAGACACAUCUGUCAACAAGCUAUAUUCACCAAUCAGAACAAAGAGCAAAUCCCCAGCUGUCCCGAAAGUAGCCUCAGUAGUCUAAAAGGAAGCGCUACCAGUGAAGAAGAGAGCAAGCCUACCAGUCAAGAAGUCCUUGCCAAUCAAGAUGGAGCCAUUCUCAGUGAGCAAGGGCGUAUAACCACUCAAAAAGCGAUCCUCAUCAACAAGCGAAUGAAACCUAUCUGUCAACGUGCGAAUACACCUAAGAUACGAGUGAAUCUAGCUAUUCAGCAGGCGGGCCUCAGAAAUCAACAGGAUCGUUUCACUAGUCAAAAACCAUGCUCAGUUUGUCAGCAAGGGAGUCUUUCCAGACACCGAGUCAUCGCCUGCAACCGAUAUGUGAACCAUCAAAUAAACAUCACCAAAUCAAGCAAGUGCUUUACCAACCAACAAAGGAACUUCAUUCAACAUACGGGCCAUAGUAACCAAUAUCGGAACCUUACCAACUAUCAACGGAGCCUCACCAGCCAUCAACAGAGCCUCUCUAACCAACAACAUUUUCUCGUUAUGCAAGAAAUGGCCGUCGCUGAUCUAAUGCAAAACGUCGUUGUCAAACGAAGGACAUUUACGUCCCCACAGGAUAUCUACACAAGACAACAAUGUAUCCAGUAUAGGAGCCACCCCAACGAGCAGAUCUUCCAUAUUGGGCAACAAGAGUAUGCCGGCUGUCGACACGUGGGCCUCAGCUCACAAGAGGGAAACAGCAGCAAAUAUGUAUUUCGCACCAGCAAACACGUGUGCCAUGACAACAAGCAACAUUACCACAUCAGGCAUCAAGGUGGCCUCACUAGGCCACAAGUCGGCCCCAAAAGACAAAAAGGGUGUCCUUUGUGCAGUCAUCAGGUCACUGCUUCUGCAACAGCUGCUACUGAUGCCCUUGAUGUUGCUGUUCCUGUUACUGCUGCUGCUGUUAAUGUUGCUGCAGCUACCGUUGCUGCUGCUGCUGCUACUGCAGCUAAUGUUCUUCUUGUUUUCUCUCACCUUGUAAUUUAUCUUGGAAAAUAUCGUUAA